AUGGACACUCCAACUGAACAACAAAAGAAGAAAGGUGGUCGUCCUCAAAGUGAACUAGAAGAUCACUUAGCAAACAACUGUAAAGAAGUUCCAGAACUUGUUCAUUUGUUCUACUUAGGUGUAGUUUCUGCACAGGAUUUUGGAAGAAAAGAUACCUUUUCUUUGCCAGAAAAUAGUAAAAAAAGAAAAACUCGGGCUUCUAUUACUUAUGCUCUUGUGCAUGUAUUUAUAUGUUGUGGUAUUCCAUUUUCAAUUAUUGAGAAUCCAUUUUUUAUUGAAUUUCUUCACAAAAUGAGACUAGGAUAUGAAUCUCCAACAAGCGAAUUGCUAAGUGAUAGACUUUUAAAUCAAGAAACAGCAAGAAUUAAUGACAAGAUUAAUAGCUGUAAUCAGAUUAUAUUAUUCUUUAAACAUUUUCAUAUAGUAGGAAAAUUGUUGACCGAUGUUACUACUACAUUACAAAUUGUAAGAGGAGGGCUUAAAACAUAUUGUGAAACAAGAUGGACUUCCAUGUAUGAAGCUGUUUUGAAGAAUAAUCCUAAUGAAAUUACAAAUAAAAGUGUUAGACGAAAUAUUCAAAGCUUGGAAUUUUUCUCAAACGUUGAUAAAUUAACCAAAGUUUUAAAGCUGAUUAAAACUGCAAUUACCUUACUUGAAACAGUAUAUUGGAAAACUAUCACUACUACCACAGCUCAGAUUUGGCAAAAUAAUGGUGGUGACAGAAAGUCAUGUAAUCAUCUUUUGGCACAAAUGCGUAAUUAUGAAUUGCAAAAAAGUCCAUAUAAUCAAGAGUUUGAUAGUUAUCUUGAAACACCAAUGAUACAAGAUGCGAAAGAAUUUUUUCCACUCUUGACUGGUUAUAUACUUGCUUAUGUUGGUCAACAAUAUACAGAGGACAAAGUGCAUGAAAUGAUUAAUGAUUCAACAUUUUUACAAUUUGAAGAGAAGGAAGAUGAAAUUAAUAAUAGAAGAAAUAUUCCUAUUUCAGAAAUUCCUAAUCAUAAAGUAUGGGGUUUGAUUAUUAAAGAAAUGUUUAAUUUAGUAAAAAAUGCAACUGAAGAUAAACUAGAUGAUAGUGAAAAUGUAGAAAUGGAAAGUAAUUAUGAUGUUGAAGAAUUAAUUCAACAAUAUUCACUUGAUAAUGAAUUAGAAGGAGACACUUUAUAA